CGAAAUAUCAAUCCUGAGCACUGUCUACACAGAAACCACCAGAGCCAGAUUGGUUGCAUUAAAAAUAAUAAAUAAACUUGUGAUGUCAUAAGAAGAUAUGUCUAUCAACAACUCAUUUAUCCAAUAGAGUGUUUUUCAUAAGCCAAAGCUUCGCAGCUUUGUUCUGAAUAAUAGAAAAUUCAAUUAAAAGGAAUUGUAUUGUUACAAAGGAGGUGUACUACCAUGGCUUACUUUACCUUACUCUCUAUAGUAGGCUGUGGUACUACGUGAAAAAUAAUUAUGAACUUGAUCAAAUCAUCAACGCCGGUAAAUUAUUUUCUUCUAUUGACGGAAUUGACCGGUUAUCUUCAUCUAUGCGUGAUUUGAAAACAGCUGUUACCAGUACUAGAAAAUGAAUCAUUCAAUUUUUAUCAAUGUUUUCAUUAGACGUUACCAAAACAAAAGUAAUAUUCUGUAAAUUUUAAAUGUUACUAAUUGCUUAUUAAGUUUUAACCAAGUUGAUUCAUUAUCACAAUAAUUGGAAAGAAGAUAAGUGCAGUGACUUCUGACCCAAGUGAACCAAAUCUUCACCGGUGUAUCCAUCACUUUUUUACCAGCAAUACUGUAGUACGCAGCCUACAAACUACUGUCUUAUAGAAGAAUGACUACAAAACAAUUCAUUGGAAGCGCUAGAAGGAUAAUUUUCAGAACAGGACACGCCAACAGAAUCAUCGUUUCAAAAGAAUCAAGAUGUUUGAGUAGUAAACCAUCUUACUAUCAUAAACCUGGAUCAGAGCCACUCAAACAAAUCUCUAUUGGCCAAUUAUUGGAUAAGGCUGUUGAAAAGUGGCCGGACAAACCGUUCAUAUUUUCAAAACAUCAAAACUCUGCCCUCACGUUUUCUGAAACUAAAGCUCAGGUGGACUUAUUGGCUCAAGGUCUCUUGGAUAUUGGUCUAUCGCCUGGAGAUCAUCUUGGAAUAUGGGGAGUCAAUACUAAUGAAUGGGUGCUCACUUUAUUAGCAGCUGCCAAAGUUGGCAUUGUUUCAGUAACCAUGAAUCCCGCCUAUGAGCCUCCUGAGGUCAAAUUUUGCAUUGGAAAAACUAAUAUGAAGGGAUUGGUUUUUGAUUCCACGUUUAGAGAUAAAAAUUUGUAUGAGGUGAUGACUAAAUUAGUACCUGAAAUGACGCAAUGCGAACCUUGCACACCGUUCAGGAGCAAAGAAUUUCCUGAUUUGACACAUUUGAUUGUUUUUAGUGACUGUGACGAAACAUUGGAAGGCACAUACCGAUUGGAUGAUGUGUUCGAAGCUGGAAAAGGUAAUGAGGAUAGAAGAUUGGUUGCCGAGAAUUUGAUAGAAGCUGAAGAUCCCUGGAAUAUACAAUUUACUUCGGGAACAACUGGUGACCCUAAAGCAGCUGUGAUGUCUCAUUUCGCAAACGUGAAUAACUCUUACUUCGUUGGAAAAAGGAUGGGAUUGCAUUUGAAGAAUCAUGUAAUACUCUGUCAAGUGCCAUUUUUCCACGUUUUUGGAUCGGUUCUUGGGAUUUUAGGCGCUUUGAAUCAUGGAGCAGCUUUGGUUCUACCUGGUCCUCUAUACCAUCCUGAUGAAUCAGUUCAAGCUGUCAUAGACUACAAGUGCACAGUGCUGUAUGGAACACCAACAAUGUACGUUGACCUGUGUGCGGAGGUAGAAAAACGUUCUGCUAAAGAACAGGAAGCCCUGAAAAAACAAGGAGUCGAGGUGGCACUGACUGCGGGGGCUCUCUGCUCGCCUGUUCUGCUCAAAAAAAUGCACGAUACUUUCGAACUGCGAGUAUUUUCUCUGUAUGGUAUGACAGAAGCUGGUCCAUGCGCUUUCCAAUCUCAGGUCACUGAUACUGAAGAGCAAAUAACAACAACCGUGGGUUCAGUAGCAGAAAAUGUUGAGAUAAAAGUUGUAGACAGUGAAGGUAGAAUGGUGCCAAUGGGACAACCUGGGGAGUGUUGGUUCAAAACGUACGCCUGCAUGAUCAGGUAUUGGGAUGACGAGCAAAAAACCAGAGAAGCACUCACAGAAACUCGAUGGCUCAAAUCAGGUGAUCAGUUUAUUCUGACUGAAGACGGUUUUGGAAAAGUAGUGGGUAGAGUGAAAGAUCUGAUAAUCAGAGGAGGCGAGAAUAUCGCCCCAAAAGAAGUGGAAGAGCACUUGGAGAAGCAUCCCUCUGUGAGAGAAGUGCAUGUGUAUGCAGUGAGCGACGAGCGACUUGGAGAGGAUGUCGCAGUCAGUAUACGACUCAAAGAAGGUACUACGUGGUCUGAAGACGAACUCAGAGCAUUCUGCAAAGGCCAGAUUGCACAUUUCAAAAUUCCAAAGUACAUAGAGUUUGUAGAGGACUUUCCCAAAACAACUUCCGGUAAAAUUCAGAAGUUCAAAUUGAGAGAAAUGUUGGAGAAAAAACUGGGGAGGAAGUCAUAGCACAAAAUGUGAUGAGUAACCGGAAUUCCAAUUUUAGAAAUAAAAUUAAAACCAUCUUCUCCAUCAGCAAUAAAUUUGAAUUUGUUGAAGUUUCUCGUAAUAAUUCCACUCAAUAAUCAUCUUUCACAUGAUAAUUAUUGUGUUGUGUGGAUACCAAGGAGAAACAUUAAGCACUGAGUUACAUUUAUUUGUCAUUCAGUGAAACACAAAACUGAAAGUGAUACCAGGAUUUGCAUACUGGUUUAGAAAAUACAAAAUAAAUAACUUCGACAACAA